AUGGCUUCACCGCAAAUCAGAUUCAUCCUAAUAUGCGCACUGGUCAUUGCGUCGAGCGCAGCAGCCCAGCAGGAAAAGUCAACCGCGACGAGGUACUUUUCCCAGAAGUUUUCCGCUGUCGCCGGCGAGACGUACCCUGGGGGCACCUACAAGUUCAGCAACGUCGCAAACUUCCCCGGGUCGUCAGCAAUCUCGGCUUCCCUGAUUACCCUCGUGCCAGGUGGACUGAGAGAGCUGCACUGGCACAACGCCAGCGAGUGGGCGUACGUCCUCAACGGCACCUGCAGGGCCACUGUGAUGGAGAGCACGAUGCCCGGCGCCCAGCGGCCGACAGAGACAUGGGACUAUGGCGCCGGGGAUAUUUGGUAUUUCCGCCCCAAUGAGGCCCACAUGGUGCAGGGCCUCGCUCCCACCGGCUGCACCUACCUGGCAGGUUACAACGACGGCGCUUUCGACGACAAAAAAGCCCUGAGCAUGAGUGCGUGGGCUUCAACGCUCCCACCCGAGAUCUUGGCAGAGAGUCUCGGCGUGAACACAUCAGACAUCAAUGACGGGAUAUCCGCGAACACAUUCACCUUCCUGCCCCUGGGGCCCGUUCCGGAUAUCUCCCUCGAUGACUUCCGGAACACCAUCGCUCGGCCGCCGGCGCUGGCCGUCAAGCAGACUCACCGCUUCCAGGUGUCGGAAUCCAUACCCCUGAUGGUAGCGCCGAGCGCUGACCGUGCGCUGCCAGCUGGCAAUGAGUCAUUGACAGUCAACGUGACCAACUCCGGCCUGUUCUGGCAGAUCGACGCCGCCGGCGGCUGGGUGCGAGAGGCGUCAACCGAGCUGUUUCCCAUCGCCAGUGACAUGAGCGGCGCCGUCAUCAGAUUUGCUCCGGGGGGACUGAGGCAGAUCCACUGGCAUCCCAGCCUCAGCGAGUGGCAAUUUGUCAUCAACGGCACUCUGCGGGUGGGUGUAUUCUUGGAGCCAGGGGUGUUUGAGGAGGCUGUACUGGGCGCGGGCGAUGUUGGCUAUGCGCCGAAGGGGUCCGGUCACUGGCUGCAGAAUCCGUCGGAGACAGAGGAUGCGUACUGCAUUCUCAUCUUUGACGACGGCCCCUUCACCAGCAUCGAGCUGCCCUGGGUCCUUGGCAACGUCCCCUACCAGGUGUCUGCCACCACGUUGAACAGCACACUGGCAUUUGCACAGUCCAUCAGCUACAGCCAGCCCUCCAUGGCUGGACAGAACAUCAACAGCUCCUAA